ACGACGUCGUCGUAACAAUAUUCCUGGAAAACGCGGAAGAGCAUCCAGAGAUGCAUUAAGAGACGACGUGCGUCGAGGAGCAUCGGGAUUUUAUCGUCGGGCUAGUAUUUACGAAAAACGCCGGGUGCGGGUGAUUCGUUUGAACGGUUGUUGGACGGUGUCAUUGAAAAUUAAGGAUUUUUUAUGAAAGUGGUGUAAAUAGUGCCAAGAAUGGGAGAGAUUUGGGAUAUGGACUCCCCACGAGGUCCGUAUUUAACUAGGGGAUAUCUCUAAGUGAUGCACUCGAUCCACAGCACCCCAUCAACUUUUGAUAAUAACAAUGAUAUCAAAAAAUCAAUCGAAAAAAUGAGUGAUUCCAGCAAGGGCAGCUAUCAAGCAAUAAAAUCAACGGAAUCUCUUCACAGUACCAAGAAAUCAAAAAAGAAGACUGGAGUACACCUUAACAACCUUUGGUCGAUAUGGUACGGAGUCUUCUUUACAGGACUUCAAGGAUAUACGGCCUACAGAUGUCUGAAAAGGAUUUUAGGUUAUUCCCUUCUAGCAUGGCCAGAAGGAUUGCCUUACUUAGAACUAAACUGUAGCCUGGGACUUACUGGAGCUGCAUUUCUUCUACUGCCAAUUUUUAUAGGGGUAGCUAUUCUUAAGGUUGGAAACUUGGCCAACGACGGAUAUAAACUGGGUCGACAGAUGGGAACUUGCAGUAAGGAACCUCCAGAUUUGCUCAAAAGUGGUAGUUGUGGGUUGUUCCGGUACGGAGGACCUACGGCACCAUUCAUUCAUAUCGCCAUAUCAUUUUGUCUGUUGGUACCGAAUUUACUUAUGGAAGCAAAACUUAUUGAAGCCGGAUUUUUAUCACAAGAUAAAAUCUGGCACACCGACUUGGAUUUUAUAGUAACACACAAAGACCGCGUAGUGCUCAAUUUCAAAACUUCAAAUACAACUUUCGUACAUACAACGCCAAUGAUGCAAAAAGCCUUGUCACUGCCGACAACUGCAGCGACGAAACCGAGUGCCAUGCCCUUCGUCAGCGCACCUGUAGUCACCAAUACUGUGAUUAAAACUUUAAAGGAUAUUAUUGGACACGAAAAUCAUACUAUGUUGGAAAAUAAGGAAAUCGAAACCAGUUUCAUAAGCUCCGUUAACAUCGAGUACAUGAACUUGGCUCUAGCUCUAGUAAUAUAUUCCAUUCGAUAUCCAGCGCUUUUUUGGGCCACAAAUAAGUGUCUGGGAUUAAUAUUCUCCUUCCAAUUGCUGAUAAAUGGACUCCAUAUUUUACUGUCCUUUGCUGGGAUGUCGAUAUUAUACAAGGUUCACGUUGUUGGAGUAUGGAAAGCGCUGCCACUUUUGAAACACAACGCCAAGGUUUACAGCUUUGGAAGCCCAACGCCGUUUUUGCUCAACUCUCAAGUCACCUUCGCUUUAUACACAUUAUCGACAUUACUGGUGCUAGCUUCGAGUAUCGUUCUUUAUUUCUACGGACAUACUAGAUUUAACGCGUUCCUGAAUCAGCAGAGGGAGAGCAAAAUAAUCACCCUCAAGGAGGAAGGCGGCGGCGGCAACUUGUGGGGCUACUUCACCCAUUGCGUUGCCCUCUGUGUUCUGCUCUCUAUAGGAAUUUGCAACGCUCCCCUUAUACACGACUAUAUGGCUGUGUACAGGGGUAGCUUGGACGACGUCACCCUAAUUUGCAUCAUCGGGGGCAUUAUGCACUUGUUUUUCUGGAUUGUUAUAUGGCUCUUCUUAUCCAUAAAGCAGAAGUGGACGUUUAAGUUGAGGAUAACCAUUGGAAGAGCGACAGUUAGAGAAUCUCGGUCCCUUCGUCUUGUCCACGAUGUCCAUCUUAACAGCCACCGAGAAGAUGCUUCCCAACAGCCCCUUUUGGUAAUUGGAAAUGGAAGGACGUACAGCGUGUCCGAAACGUCUCCCAAAAGGGCCAUUAUGGGGGUGAUUCAAAAAGCGGCGUUGAUCAAGAAAUCUAAAAGUAACGGUUCAAUAACUACCAACGAUGACGGCGAUGAACAGAUCUAUUGGCUAAGACCAGCUAUUGUACCCUCCCAAAACUCGCCGGAUGGAUCCAAAUACUUCUGCUGGUUCAAGAAAAAACCGAAACAAAAAGUUACUUUUGACGAAUCGACAAGUAACGCAGCUAAUCGCACAAAGAGCAGCGUGAGAAGAAGCACCAUCCCAGGAAUGGACCAAGACGACGGCGAUUAUGCUACCCUAAGGGAAUUGCCUCUUCCGCCUCCCAACUCCUCUCAGAGAAUUUCCAACGGGGAAGACACAGCCAGUGAAGAGGGAAAGCUUCUGGCUUGUGUUCAUGAUGAACAUAUAACUUAUGCUAGCACCAACCAAGACUUCGAUCCUCCGGAUAACGCUUAUGAAGAUAGAAGUCCGUUGCUGGAAGAAUCAUCUGUUAUUGUUCAUAAUAAUUACGAAAGUGUGGUACAAAUAACCAGUUCAGCACCACGUUGUAUUCGACGCGCCGACUCCGGAAUCAUCCCCCACGAAGAAAUUCCAGGAAGAUCCGAUUCUGUGAGUACAGAAAGCUCACAUUCGCCCCCUGAUCCUCCUGGAAGUAAUCACAGCGAAACUUCUAGUGGAAUUCAUUCGAACGAUAGCGAGCAUCAUUCACCACCGAAAACCGAAAGCAUAAUUAACAUCACAGAAAAUCCAGCCGACAGCCAGGAAAGCACAGUCGUCAUACGCAGAAAAUCGAUCAGGCCGAACAAAACCGACAUUAUAACACCCGCUAUAUUGGAAGAGGAUCCGUAUGGUAGAUGCACUAACAUGCGCAUGACGUCGUUUACGGAUAAAACAAACACCCAGUCGUGCUCAGCAACGUUGCCGCAUUAUCCGACACAACCUGUUCAGAACGUGUAUCCGAACUGUUCUACCAUGCCUCUUCCACAACAUACUACCAACAAUGUUCAAGCAGCCAAUUUGGUAAACGGAAAUAGCUGCAAUGUGUAUCCGAGACAACACACUACUAUACCGACACAUCAUAACGGCGUCAAGCUGUUGUCUAAUCCACACAAUCCAUACGUUAAAAGACUGCAUCCCAAGGUAGGCGAGGGGAUAAAAUAUGAACCAAUUUAUACUGCUAUUAAUAGGAAAUCCGGCGAAUUGUAUCACUAUACGUCGUAGACAAGGGUAGUAAAAGUGCAGGGAGGGUUAGCCAUUGUUCCAGUUCAUGCCAUGCCGAGAUUGAUAUUGAUGAGUACAUAAAGAGAAUUUAUUUUGGAAUAUUCCCAUCACACAAUCGAGGGGAAAGUUUUUUGGCAUUACAUAAAUUAUUUUCCUUUACGAUUACGUAUCUCAACAUUAUUAUUUUUACAAUAUGUAUACCAUACACAAAUAUAGUUCUCAAAAAAAAAACAUAAAUUAAGUAAUUUCUUAAUCAAUUGAAAAAAUCUUAAAAUUGAUAAGUAUGUGUUUAUAUAAAUGCAGCACGUAAUAUCAACCAGCAACGUGAAAAAAAUUAGAUAUUCUUUCUUUAUUUUAAAGCUUUUAAAUAACAUUGUUUUUUGUAUUGCUUGGAAGCAGAACAAAUCACCAAAAAAUUCAACAUUAUAAGUGAUUAGAAGAAAAAUUAUAUUGUUACAAAAUAUGUGCGUUUCGUGGACAAUCUAGAAGACCUGCAAGUCCCUUUCAAUAAAAUCACGUAUUACAGUCAACAAUAUGGACUCAAUAUAAAUGUAAAGAAGAUAAAGCUUAUGAUCAAGGUCAACUUUACAUCAACCAAGCACCUUUAGAAAGAGUUACGCACUACAACUACCUCGGUACCAUAAUAAAUUAAUAAUGGACCAACAUUCACGAGAUAUGAAAACGCACCGAAAAAACUAGAUCCACCUUCAACUGGAUUCAAGAACCACAAUAUCUAUCUUGGUAUAAAAAUAAGUAUUCUCCGUCCUUUUUUAUGAUGUUAAAUCGUGGAUCUUUAACGAAGAUAUGUGCAAAAAUGGGAAGCAUUUGAGAUGUGGCUAUAUCGGAGAAUACAUAAAAUUCCGUGGACUGGCCGAGUCACAAAUUAGGAGGUCCGCAUAGAAAUAAAGAAAAACCGAAAGGUACUAACCACCAUCAAAUCUCGAAAGCUACAAUAUUUGGACACAAAUUAAUCCAUAUAUGCCCCCCUAGAAGCUAUCUUACA